UCACUAUUGUCUGCACCUCAUUUAAUCAGUGAACCUUUAAGGGUUACGAAACAUUCUCCUAGAGGCUGGAGGAAUGCACAGCUGCAGCAGAGCGGCCGUCUCCUGCAGUGACCGUGUCUUUAGUGAGGGAGAGGACAGAGGAGAUGAUGGAUGGAUCCAGUGUCGGGGCCGAAGCGCUUUCCAUGGAGCCCAGUGCCAAGAUGUUCUGCUGCGGCUGGUUGAGGCGCUGCUUCCCUCUGGCUUACAGAGAGGAGCUCUACCACAUCCUGCGUAUGACUGGACCCCUGCUUGUGUGUCGGUUCCUGAAUUUCCUCCUUUUCUUUGUGGUCACAAUGUUCUGUGGCCGUCUGGGGAACAAUGUGCUGGCAGGCUAUGGCAUGGCUUCAGCUACAAUAAAUGUAACCACUGCAGCAACUGGGUUAGGACUAGCUUUAGCAUGUGAUACACUGGUUUCACAGACGUUUGGGAGUAAGAAUCUGCUGCAUGUGGGGGUGAUCCUGCAGAGGGGCAUUCUGAUCCUGCUGCUCUUCUGCCUGCCAUGCUGGGCUCUGCUUAUCAACUCCCAGCCCCUCCUGCUCCUGCUGGGACAGGACCCUGAGGUGGCCAGGAUAGCACAGCUUUAUAUUGUUGCUUACCUUCCUGCUGUUCCAGCAAUUUUCUUGUACCAGUUGCAGUUGUCUUACCUGCAAAAUCAGGGUGUGAUUGUACCUCAAAUGUACGCAUCUCUGGUGGCCAAUAUCGUGAACGUGCUAGCUAACUACGUUUUGCUUUUUUGGUGGGACCUUGGAGUACAUGGAUCUGCAGCAGCAAACAGUUUUGCUCAGGUCUUCAGCUGCAUUGCUUUAUUUGCCUAUAUUCGUUUAAAGAAACUCCAUGUGAAAACAUGGGGAGGCUGGUCCUCAGAGUCACUGCAGGAGUGGGGGGCCUACAUGAAGCUGGCUAUUCCUAGCACACUAAUGACAUGCUUUGAAUGGUGGAUCUAUGAGGUUGGGGGAUUCUUAGCAGGAAUGUUGGGUGAGGUGGACCUGGCUGCUCAGCACGUGGUCAUAAUGCUGGCAUAUAUAAACUACAUGAUUCCAUUGGGUGUGCAAGGUGCAGCUUGUGUGCGUGUGGGUAAUGCACUAGGUGCUGGAGACACUGCUGGAGCCAUCCUCACUAGCAAGGUUUCUCUCAUCUGUGCAGCUGUGUUGGCGAUCAUUCAGGGUCUUGUGCUUGGCUCAACAAAAACAGUCAUUGGCUUUAUGUUCACCUCUGAUGAGAGUAUAGCAGAGUUAGUCUCUGAACUAAUGAGUAUCUACUGCCCCCUUCAGUUCUUUAAUGGAAUAUUGUGUGUUGGCAUGGGCAUUGUCCUGGGGACUGGGCAGCAGAAGAUAGCAGCCAUUGCUAACUUGUUUGGUUACUACUGCAUUGGCCUUCCACUGAGCAUCGCUCUGACCUUUCCAGCUAAGCUACAAGUUGCUGGCUUUUGGUUGGGCCUCCUUGUUGCUGUCUUUUUGCUAGCAAUCUUUUUUAUUGUCAUCAUCUUCAAAUUAAACUGGAAGAAAAUGACAGAAGAAGCUAUUGAGCGUGCUGGAAUGGGGAAGAAUGUAACACACACAGACUUCAGAUCCAGCCACCGGCUCUCUGAUAGCUUCUUCCUUGCAGUGACUAAUGCAGAUAUUCAGAAUGGGAAUGGCUAUCAGAUUGUGAGCUCUCGGGACCAGGAUGAGGAAAGGAGAAAUCCACCGGCUCAAGAAAGUGUGAGUCAGGAGGAAGGGAAGAGUGCAGCACCGCUCUCCACAUCUCAGCUCAUCAUCAGGAGAGGCCUGACCACUCUAGCUGCUGUCAUCAUCCUCGCUGCAGGAACAGCUGUCCAUCUCAUCCUGCCUCUGCCUGAGGUGGCAUAUGUUACCAACAGCACUUUGGACUGGGGGAACUUCACUUCACCUCCUCCAUUCACUACACAAACAUUAUCCUUUUGAGCCCAGGGGACCAAUGACUGGAUCACUUUCGAAGUGAUCUGAUUUUUUUAUCUGACUGUAGUAUAUUGGUAUGCUAAGUACAUUAGUAUACUAAGUAUAUUGAAAGUUAUUGGGAUAUAGAUUUAUACAAACUAUAAGAACUGCUAUGGUGCAAUUGCUGUGAUGCAAGUCAGUAUCACGGUACAUGAGGAUAUAAGAGUGAUUCAGUGAAAUUACUUUAGUGGAAAUGAGUACUUAUUUACAAAAUUUAACCCAGCAUACCAAUUUGUAAUCCAGUAAUAUAAAACUGGACACAUCUCCAUAUUUUUAGUAAAGUUUGGCAGGAUACUUGAUUAGUCUGUGGGAUGAGUUCAUUGAUAUUUGUACAUUCCAGUAUUAAAACUGGGACAAACUGGUCAGACAAUUAAAGAACACUUUCACAAUAAGAAUAUAUAUUUAUUACAUUGACUCAUAAUUUUUUAACUGUGCAAGGUAACAAACUUGUAAACAGAAUUUAUUGACUUGUAGUAUUAUACUUUCAUACAGUCUCUUGACUAAGCUUAUCCACAGAUGCAAAAGUCCAUGAAUACCCUAAAGGGUAGGAUGCCCUCUGAAGAUCGAUGCUCUGAGGCGAGUUCAGGGCAGCUGACCCCACCCCUACUUGGGUCCAUAGUCUAAUCAGACCAUGGUGGUCAUCAGCAUUAGUGUCCUUCUGCUGCGUCUCUACCUGUUCAGAAUCACAUUUACGAUGAGCCCUCCUGCCAGCAUAAUAAGCAUGGCUGCUAAAGUCAGCCCCCGGCGGAGCACCAAGGCCGCUAACGAUAGUGGCUUCCCCACCGUACAGACGGAUGGCUUCUGUACCAGCAAAUCCAUGUCUGUGUGUGUGCCUUCUUCAUCGCUCUCCACAUCUUCAUUCUGAUGUACCAUGUCUGCCAACAGAGAACUCUUUUUAACAUUAUGCAGUCUCUGACUGUUGAUUAUUUAUGUGAUUUGCUAAAUAAUAACAGGUUUUUACCAUUCUCUUUUAAAUUCGUCUUCACUCCAGCUCUGAUCUGGGCCUGUGAUCAGAUCAAGGUGUUAAUAUCAUUGACUAGAGAGGUUACCAUAAAAGAGCCAAGGCAAAUCAGCUUCAGUGUGCUCUCACCUCCUCAGUGGCUUUUGCCCAGUCCAGCCUUACAAGCAGAAUUAUAAAGAAGACUGACUGAAAGAACACACAAAUUAAAAGACCAGUCCAAAGACCUAUGACAGAGAAAAGAAGCAGAAUUAAUAAAAUAAAAUGAGCAUAAGUAAGAGAGACAGAGAGACGAAGGAAGGGAGUGAGAAAGAUAUGUCUCCUACCAAAAAUUCCCAUUUUUGCAGCAAACAUCAGAGACACUCCAAUGGGGAAGCCUACAGCAUAGUAUCCAAACACGUUCCCGACUGCCCCGAGCUUCUGCUUCCCUAAGCCUCUAACAAUACUCCCAGCAGAUGCCUGAUUAGUUAGGAGGUACAGUGUCACAUGUUAACAUCUUCUCGAUUUACUUCUUUGAUAACUGUGAAAAAUAAAUAAUAAAUAACUGAUUUUAAUUUACUCGGUUAAAUUUGAUGUGGAGAUUAAAGUGAUAGAUUAACCCAAAAUCAGAUUUAUACAAUGUCUCUUCUAUUCCAAAUGUAGAUCCUCAACCAAGACAACUAAGAAGUUCUGUGCUGGAGCUACGAGGCUAAAGUAGAUAACAAGUAAUGGAACCUUAUACACUCCUGUUAGCACUGUGCAAACUACAGGCCUAAAACACACACUUGCCUCAAACCAGUUCAAGUUGUUUAGUGAUUUCAAACAGGCUUGUUUUUGUUUUUUUUCUGACACUGUAUGAUGUUGUGGUGUAAAGUGACAUUUGUUAAACAAAUUACUUUAUCUAUAAGUUUUACAUAUAACUUACGUCUGGCAAGUAUUGUAUCUCAAGUUUUCAAAGAAGGCUUCAGACACUGAAUUAUUAUUACAGGCAAAGUGCAUUCAGCCUGGGCACUGGGCCCUGGACCCAAAUGCGAAUACAAUGUACAGAGUUCUAUGUUUUUAUACACUUUUCAGAGAUGAGGUAAUCCUCUUACUUUCUCUUGAUGUGUCAUAACCUGUUUUGCCCAUCAUUAAACCAAAAAUGUAUCCCUUUUUUGGACCCAAUUAAAUUCGACCCAUUAAAAA